GAGGGCCAUUCAGAGAGGACAUGAAAGCAUUUGGAGGAAGAGAGAGAGGGAGUGAAAAGUAGGCGUUAAAGAAAGUGUGCUGCUACCAAGAGUUGGAGACUAGCCAUACAUCAGUAAGCCUCCUCUCUCUUCUUUAGCAGUUCUGGGCUUCAUUGAGCUCUGCAGGUGCUUGCUGUCGUAUCGACCAGUUGAGGCUGUGUAUAAUGUGUGCGUCGCUGCCGCGUUAGCGUGCACGGCCCUCCUUGCAAUCCCCUCUCUGGCUGCUAAUAGGAUUUUUAUGGGCCCGUGUCAAGCAGGAUAGAGCUGCCAAGGGGAGCUGCUUCACACGUGCACGCACAAGCGCAUGCCAACACGAACAUACACAGAUAAUCAAAGAAGCAUUGUAGGCCGGCAAGGUUUAUACUGCCUCACGCAUGUAGACACAUCACAUAGAAAUGCGCACCCCCCAGAGCAGUAAGACAUACACAUGAGGGGGUGUUCAGAGAGACAAUCACUUGUGCUGAUUCUUCAUGGUGCUGGUGACAGCUGAAUUACUGGGCCUCACUCAGAGGCUAUAAAGUUGGGACAAGAUAGUCACAGAUAUUGUUUUACAUCAUGGCAAAACACCAAGAGCAACAGUCUGUGGACAGCUAAGAAGCUAUUCAUCAGUUCCUGGGAACUCAGAAAACACUCAAGUAAAUUUCAAAAUGAACUCAUGACAACAUGAGCUGCACUGGUGCACUAAAAAGCUUUUUUUGUCUGUGUUUUACCAUUAACUGGGGCACCCAACGUUUCCUCUGUGCUUUUGCUCAUACUGCUUUCAUUGUGGAUAAAGCCGUUUUUAAAGCAGUUGGGUUUUGGCUGCCUGGAAACAAGUGGAGGACACACAACCAGACAGAUGGAUGCAGCUCUUACACUGAGCAAGACAGACAGAUGGCUGUUUGUCCUUUCAGAGAAAAACUUUGAAUACUGAGACAAAGAGACUUUGAAUCACGAGAGCCUGUGUGGACUUGCACGGAUAUAAAAACUGACACUGCAGAUUCAUUAUGAUUCAAUUCAUUAUGGAGAAAACAAAAUACACCCAUUUUCGGAGUGAAUCACUGAGCUCAACUGACGAAACAAACUCCAAUCCAUCAUCGUUUCCUCCUUCCAGUCCUGUCACCCCCCUCACACCCUCCCCUGGCUUACCUUCCUCUCUCUCUUCCUCAUCUCUCACUCCCAUUUUGCCCCCCUCCUCUCCCCAACAAGCUGAGAACAGCCCCACCACCUUCUGCUCCUUCUUUCCCAGAAUGGGCUCUCUUCGUCUGGGUGUCUCAGCUACUCUUCUCCCAGGACUCAAGGCCUCAAGCAAAUCACAGGGAGCUCAGGCACCUCAGGCACCUGUUGAGUCCUCUGGGGAUGACAGGAGCAACUCUAGCUCCUCCCCACCACUUCAUCACCCUGUUUCACUUCUAACUGCUCCUUCUCCCCCUCCCCGACCUCCUCUGCAGGACAUGAACCGGCUAGGAGGGGUGUCUAGGAGGGCACGGGUGGAAGGAGGGCAGCUGGGAGGAGACGAGUGGACGCGCCAUGGCUCCUUUGUCAACAAGCCCACCCGUGGCUGGCUGCACUCAGACAAUGUGGUCAGCACCACUGGUGUUUCCUACAGUGUACGGUACAUGGGAUGCGUGGAGGUGCUACAAUCAAUGCGGGCGCUGGACUUCAACACCAGAACUCAGGUCACCAGGGAAGCUAUCUCUGUGGUGUGUGAGGCAGUACCCGGUGCCAAAGGAGCCCGCAGGAGAAAGCCUUCUUCUCGCUGUCUAACGUCCAUCCUGGGAAAGAGUAAUUUACAGUUUGCAGGCAUGACAAUCAGCCUCACCAUCUCGACCAGCAGCCUCAAUCUGCUGGCCUCUGACUGCAAACAGAUAAUCGCCAAUCAUCACAUGCAGUCCAUCUCUUUCGCCUCUGGAGGAGACCCAGAUACAGCUGAGUACGUAGCAUAUGUGGCCAAAGAUCCAGUCAACCAGAGAGCAUGUCAUAUCCUGGAGUGUUCGGAGGGUUUAGCCCAGGAAGUCAUCAGCACCAUUGGUCAGGCCUUCGAACUGCGUUUUAAACAGUAUCUAAAAAACCCUCCGAAACUGGUCACACCUCAUGACAGAAUGGCUCCAUUUGAUGGCUCUGCAUGGGAGGAAGAAGAAGAUGAGGCUGCUCCGCCUCCUGAUGUCCCGUACUAUAAUAAUUUCCCUGGAAAACAGCCUCCCCCUGCUGGAGUGAUUGACAUGAGGACCCGGCCUGGUGCCACGCUGCCUUAUGGACAGCCGGGUCAGAAUGACAUUCAUAAACAGCCUCUGCCACCCCUACCAGUGGGUGCCAAAGAAGGUGGGCGGGAGAUGUUUGAUGACCCUUCGUACGUCAACGUAGAUAAACCUCGCCUCCCAGCUGCAGCAAACGGAAAUGCUCACAAAGACGCUUUCGACAUGAAGCCACUGGAUGAUGCCCUGGGGGUUUCUGGGCAUGGAGGCCCAAACUCAGUGACAGCAGUGCCCUCUAUGGUGCAGCAGUUACAGUCUGAAAUCUGGUUCCACGGGAGCCUAAGUCGUAAGGAAGCAGAGAAACUGUUGACCCGAGAUGGAGACUUCCUGGUGCGGGAGUCUGGAACCACACCUGGGCAGUACGUCCUCACGGGACAGCAGGGUGGUCAGCCCAAACACCUGCUGCUCGUUGACCCAGAAGGAGUGGUCCGUACAAAAGACCACCGGUUUUCGAGUGUCAGCCACCUGAUCAGUUACCACAUGGACAACAGACUUCCCAUUGUGUCAGCUGGGAGUGAAGUGUGUCUGCAACAGCCAGUAGAGCGCAGGGCCUGACCUUACCCACACCAAUGAAAUACACCACCAAAAACAUACACUCCUACUAUUAUAUCAGUUCUGCACAACAUACACGACCACACACACACACACACACGCUCAUUUCCUUUAAUGCACACAGAAACACUACACCUAACACACAACGAUACAUAUGCACACACAUUGCAAAGAAAGCCAAAAUAAAAAUAGAAAAAGUAUCACCAGUUUCUCUGCAAAAUCACUCACUUGCUGCUGUUGCUAUAUUUCCUGUCCAAACUGUGAUCUACGGUUCCUUCGCUGACAUCACCGACUAUCAGGCGCAUUCCUCCAAAGCGGAGAAGCACUGCUGCAAUUUCUCAGCCUACUGUGAACCAGGAAGGAGCCCUUUGCAAAUUACAGAAUGGGGCAGAAAACAAAUGCAAUCUUUUUUUCUUUUUGUUUUUUAAGAAAAAAAAAUCUUUAUCUGUAAUUAUGAAAAAAAAAAGUGGAAACGUAAUACUACAUGGAAUCAUGUACUGAAAUGGCAGAACUGAAGAGUGUGGAAAGGAACAUUAAGGGACAUGGAGGGAGAUCUUCAGUACUUCUAAGCAUGUGCUUUCUUUAUUCUUUCUGAAAGGAGGGAAAAAAAUCCUCCUCAGACUGUUGCUGGAGCAUUUUAGAUAAAACACAAACUGGAUGGCAAGAGUUCUUUGUUUCCGAGACUGAACUAGCCUCAAACACAAACUCUCACAGCAAUCCUUGGUAUAAAAUAAUUCGGCUGGAGAAUAUGUGUACAGGUAUACGAGUUUGGUUCCGAUCUCAUCAGAGGGCCACCCCCAACCCCAACUUCUCCUCUUUUAAGGACUUUUAAACCCCUGGAGGAAAGCCUGUAUGCAAAUCUAGGACUGCUAUGCCAAUGAUCUUCAUAUACUGUAUAUUCCUUUUUUUUUUUUUUCUGUGUUUCUGUUUAUUAUCUUGGCACUCAUCAAUCAAAGGACACCCUGAGUACGCAAGGAUCAAAUCAGCUGUAUCCUCCCAAUCCCUUUCUAAACGCAGGCGUACACACCUUUUACACAACUGAGUCAGCACCACCUGUCAUGCCAAAGAACAUGAACUUGGUUGAAAAGGAAGCAGAAAAGGAAGCCAUGAAUAUUAACAACUCCUAUCGAUCUUGUGCGUUUGCGGCAUCGGAGCAACUGUGUGUAGAAAGAAAUGCAUUUCGAAACAUGCCCGUUUUAGAGUGGAGAGGAACGAUUGUGUGCAUGGGGAGAUAAAGGAGAUUUUUAAAAAAUACAUCAAAAUCAACCACAACACAAAAUUCAGUAAGUUUGGAGAAGCUUAGACGAGAUAUUAUUGAGCAUUUGGUUUACAUUAAACACCUUAAUAUGCGUUUGCAUCGACAAUCUAUGUGUUAUAUCUUUUAAAGAAUAUCCUAAUUGAAAAGAGCAGUUAGCGGGAGACCCCUUUGACAAGUGUUUAACAGUCUAAGCAAUGAAUUUCCUUCUGCAAAAACAAUGCAAGUUAUGUAUUGGUUAUGUAAUUUUGAUGUUUGUGUUUUAUUGAAUCGUUUGAGAGAAUAAUGAACGAUUUCCAAACCUUUUAUGCUCCGAGGUUAGACGGAUAUUGCUAACAAUGAACUGUUCAGCCAAAGGUUACUCCUCGGCGUGCUGUGUUCACAGACUUUCGAGGAUCAGGAGGGAGAAGUUCACGUUGUUGUUUACUGUUUUCCUCCUCCCUUCAUGAUGUAGUUGUUUUUGGUUUAUAUAUCUAUAUAUCUAUAUAUAGAUAUAUAUAUAUAUAUAUAUAUACACACCUUUUUGAUCGUGCCUUGUUUCUUCAAUGCAGUCAUGUCACUCCAAUGCAGUCACCUUAUGUACUUAAUUCAAAUGUAGUCAGCUACAGGAGAAUCUUACAAAAAAAGUCUCAGUUUAUCAACAACUUUGCAAAAAUGACACUCCGGUAAACACACGCAAACAGAUCUAGUGAUGGCAAUCUCCUCUGAUGCACGUUCUCGCGUUCAGCUUACAGUCACAGAUACUUGAUGUCACCAUCUGGGGGGGGAGUGGGGGUCGGGGUGGUAUGGGAUCGGGGGUUUUUCCUGAUCAUCUGUAAAUAACAUAAAUUUUUGACUGAUAAGCUUAAGUGAUGGACUAUUGUUUCCAUUUUUGUAUAUUUAAUGACUUCUUUGAUAAAUAACACAGAGCCAGAAACCACAGCACAGAGGUCGCUCAUGUAGAAUUUGAACACGUCGAAGAGACCGAAGCCAAAAUUAAAAAAUUUGAGAAGGGAUUUUUUUUUUCAGCCUAAACCUUAACUAUCUGUUAGUCAUUAGACUUUUAAGUGGGCUAACAUGUUGUAGAACAUGUAUGCACACACAUACCCGAGUGACCGCCGGGUCAUUCUGCAUGUUCAGCUUUAUGCAGGUCAGAAAUAGGAAAACGGCAGAGAAGUUCUGCCAUUACUGUGCGUACCUGUUGUAUGUGUGUGUGGGCUGGAACAGGCUCACUUGAUGCUCUUUAUCGUUAGUGAACUGGUUCUGUGUUAUUAUUGUGCAUCACAGUAGCCUUUGUUGCAUGAAAAUCCUUUCAGAAAAUUAGUUGUUUAUUGUUGGUGAUGGUGGUAGUGUUGAUGAUGCUGUUGUACUUUUUGGUUUGUGUUUUUAAAAAGCCAAAGGUUCCUUUUGAAAUAGUGUGCACAGAUAAUGAUUUUUAUUACUUUAUGUUUCUGUUUUAAUACUCUUUGUCUUGUUUUGUUUUUAGGGAAAUGUGUCUGUUUACACUUGUAUUGGAAAAAUAUAGAUUGCAUAUAUAAAUACAUAUAUCACUUA